AAGAGACCUCUCAGCCCUGCCAGCAGAGCCGUGGAGCAGCGCCCAGCUGGCAGCCCCAAGUGCCAAAGGGGCCCUGCGGUGCACAGAGGCCGCCAAGCCCCGCUGCCCCGCACGGUGGAGUUUUAAUGUUUUGAUGUCAGAAUGAAGAGCAAGAUUCCUCUCAUUCUUGUCGCCUGUGGCUCCUUUAACCCCAUCACAAACAUGCAUAUGCGUUUAUUUGAGCUGGCUAGAGAUCACCUGCACCAAACAGGAAGGUACCAGGUGAUUGAAGGCAUAAUGUCUCCUGUUAAUGAUGCCUAUGGAAAGAAAGGCUUGGUUUCGGCAAGACACCGGGUAGCAAUGGCUAAACUAGCCCUGGAGACAUCUGACUGGAUACGAGUUGAUCCAUGGGAGAGUGAGCAGGAGACGUGGACAGAGACAGUAAAAGUAUUAAGGCACUAUUACAACGAAUCACUCGGAUUGCUCCAGUCCAAGAAGGAAUUCAUGAAAAACAAAUGGCCCACAGAAAGAUCUACAGAGGAUUCCCCUUCUUACCAGCACUCAGUUCCACUCGAACUAAAGCUGCUCUGCGGGGCUGAUUUUCUACAGUCAUUUAAAACACCAAAUCUCUGGAAGGAAGAACACAUCAAAGAAAUAGUGGAAAAGUUUGGUUUGGUCUGUAUUAGCCGUGCUGGCUCUGAUCCCGCUCAGUACAUCAAUGAAUCAGACCUCUUAACUAAAUUUCAGCACAACAUCUUCCUGGUGAAAGAAUGGAUUCAGAAUGAAAUCAGUGCAACCCAGAUACGCUAUGCCUUGUGCAGAGGAUUAAGUGUAAAAUAUCUCAUACCAGAUUCUGUUAUAUCCUACAUUGCACAUCAUAACAUCUACACAGAAGAGAGUGAGCGGAAGAAUGAAGGUGACUUGCUUCAGCCUCUCAAGCUGCACAACACAGCAGUAAAACCACUCAAUGACUGAUGUCUGCAGUGCGGGAACUGGCCAGACCUGCCGUUGUUUCAUGUAAAGCUCUUGAGAAAGUUGUUUCUUGUUAAGGAGGGGAAAGUGCAUCAGUCUGAAAUUCGUGCACUCAUGUGGAGUUUUGAAUUCAUGGGUUUGUGUGCAGUAGUGCUUGAGCAAAUCGGGAUGCUCAACUGCUUGGCUUAAUGUAUGUAAAGAGCAGCUUCCUUGUCGGGGAAAAAAAAAAAAAGAAAUAAGAUCUUAACAAUAACUAUUAAUCUCCAGUCAUACUCGUGCGACAAACAUAGUACUUUUCUGAAUUGUAAUUCUGUAAUCCUACAGACAGAUUUAGCAUGAAGAUGCCUUACUUUUCUGAAGCAGCAAAAUAAAACAAGCUAUAACUUUUCUUUAUAUAUAUUUAAAUAUAUAUUACUGCUAAACUUUCAUGUUUUAGGACCUGAAUAACUUCUUGUGUUUUGACAGUUUGGACAAGAGAUGGAAAUAAAUCUUUCUUUGAUGCAAGCACUCAGAAAUGCAUGCGCCAUUCAUGUCACUUUUAAGCCUCUAGAUUCACAGAUGACAGACAGUCCUCACCCCAGAUUUACAGUGGGUUUCUUUUCUUCUCUGAUCCAGAGUCUUGUGUAAAAAUAAGCAAUUGCCACAGCCCUGGAGUAGACGACGUACCCAAGAGGAACUUCAGCCGUGCCAUUUG